UUGAAACCUUGCAAUCUAAGUUGGCAAUCCUGAAUUUAAAAAACUUUUAUUCAUUUUACUUUUAAUUAGCUAAUAUAUUUUUUUAAUUUUAUAUAAUAAAUGAUUGGAUAUAGUAACAAGUAAUAUUUAUUGUUUAUAAAAAUGUCAAUCCAAGUGGAAAACAAUUUAAAAGAUACUGAAAACAAAGAGAUAUUCGAGCAGCGCGCACAUUUUAUACCGUGCAAGGUGGACGAAGAUGGACCGGCAAACGUUCGCAGAUUUUUUGAACCGUAUAUUUGUGAAGACGAGAAUGGAGAGUUAUCAGCGACCUUUCGUGGACACCUUCUCAAUGGUACCAGGAUGCAGCUACCUGAUGGUUACCGAGCAAUUGUAGUCACAGAAGCCAAGAGGCCGCUUGCUGAAAAUGCUGAUAGAAGGUUUCAGGUCGCUGGUGGAUUUAAACAGGUGAUGUACUGGAAUUGGGACAAGAAACCGUCGAAGAAUGAUAAUCUGGUGAAGGCACUGGACUGGGUGGACAUUGCUGAAGCUGUACAUGGAGACUGAUAGGCGUUUGGAAGAUUUUAUUAUGUCAAGUCAAUUGGAUUAUCUCGAAUCAAGUAUUUAUUAAUGAAUUAUAACUGUUUUUUUUUU